CAACAGUUAUGCAAUAUGGCGACAGUAAGGCUGACAUACUUUGAUGGCCGUGGACGAGCUGAAGGCGUGCGACUCCUACUUGCUGCAUGUCUUUUUCAGUUCACCGAAACAUUGCUCCAAGAGAGGCAAGAAUAUGAAAAGUUACUGGAAGAUGGGAAACUAAUGUUUCAUCAGGUGCCCCUGUUGGAGAUUGAUGGGCUGGAGCUGGUGCAAACUCCCGCCAUUGUGAGAUACGUGGCCAGGAAGGGAGGAUUAUAUGGGCACUCCAAUGAAGAAAAAUCUAAGUGGGAUUACGCCAUGACAGCUCCUGCUGGCGUUGAGAAAAAUGACUUUGAUUCUGAAUAUAGACGAUUAAGUGAAGAGUUACAUCAACUCAGGUUAGAAGACAAGAAAGCCGAACUCAGAAGAGAAAUUGACAGAUUAAAGGUGAAACUGACUUGUGAACAGGACGAUCACGUGAACAGAGAGGUCAACCAAAGUGAAGGUCAAAGACGUCAAGAUAGCGGCGCCAAUGGAUCGGGUCAACAGUUAGGCAAUAUGGCGACAGUAAGGCUGACAUACUUUGAUGGCCGUGGACUAGCUGAAGGCGUGCGACUCCUACUUGCUGCAUGUGGCAUUGAGUUCACCGAAACAUUGCUCCAAGAGAGGCAAGAAUAUGAAAAGUUACUGGAAGAUGGGAAACUAAUAUUUCAUCAGGUGCCCCUGUUGGAGAUUGAUGGGCUGGAGCUGGUGCAAACUCCCGCCAUUGUGAGAUACGUGGCCAGGAAGGGAGGAUUAGAUGGGCACUCAAAUGAAGAAAAAUCUAAGAUUGACAUGUUCUACGAAGGAACUCGUGACUUUUACUCGUACUUUCUCAAGAUCGGCUUCCUGGAUCCAAAGGAGGUGUUAGCAACAGCCAAAGCUAAAGCUCUACCUCGUUAUCUGCCCAUCUUUGACCAGGUCCUGAAAAAGAACGGGACAGGUUUUCUGGUGGGCGACUCAAUGAGCCUGGCUGAUAUUGGCCUGAUUGAGGUUCUGCUCAGUGUGACGGAAUACUUCGGAGAGGAGACACUCUCAGACUACCCGUCACUGAAGGCUUUCAAAUCAAUGAUGGUGUCACAGGAAAGGAUUGCUGCUUUUCUGAAAGGCCCUCAGAAGAAGAGAGGCAACACGGAUGCUUAUGUCGCAACAUGCAGGACGGUCCUGAAGUUGGACAUUUAGGAUAAACGUACUAUCUGCAACAUCCCAAGUGUCUAGAAAUAGAGACUGGAUAGGGCGUGGCGUUUCUAUCCUGUCUUGAAAAUACGAAUCAUGUAUGUGCAAAGAAUGCUUCAGCGUUUCAACAAAAUCAGUGUCACACGAUCGCACUCUCUACUCAGAUCAUCGACCAGUUUAACUGAUUACAUGUAACAGCGAAAGUCUUCGAAUGGGAUGUGAUUAAGCAUUUACACAAUUGUUUCGUGUGAACUCGUUGUUUCACGAAUACUAAUCGGGACUUUAUACAGAUCACUUAGCCGUCCACCAGCUAGCCGUGUGCAUUAUCAAGAGUCAAUAUUUUAAUAACUAACAGUACUAGUAAUGAAUAGUAUUAUCUGAUAUUUAAUAAGCGUACGUAGACAGAAUACGGCAUAAUACAUGGUUUUAGAGGCUAUGGUGUAAACAGUGAAUUAACAGAAUGGCUGCUGGUAAAGAAUCUGUCUUCUGGUAUGACAUGUUGUCUAAUAGUGAACAGUGGUUUUGGUUUUAAAAAAUUCUAUCAAAUUAUCUCAGUUAGUGUAUAUGGUAUACGUCAUGGAUAUACAAGGUAUUCACCUUUCAAAACAACAAAAGUAGGCUUUGGUAUGCUGUAGUUCAUAUCUAAUACAGCGCUACAUUCAUGGACAUUCGAAAUACUGCUAUUUUUUUCUGGUCACAUAUUUUUCCAUUUCUAUAGUAUCCCUAAAAUGCUUCUCGGUAGAAUCUGCUGUUUUUGAUAAGACAUAUCUUAUACAGGACAGAAUGACGUCAGCUAGUAGUAUUGCUAAAUACAAGACAGAACCAUCUAUAUCCAGGCCAUAAGAUAGUUUUGUUGACUUUGUAAUUGUUUAGAAAUAUGCCAUAGACAUUGAUGCUUCCUGAAAUACGUUAAAGGAAAAUAAACUAUGUUCAAUUCCCA